GUCUAGCUGGGGAUUUGCAUGUUAGAUAAAACUCUGUUUUUAGGGUUACAAAUAUAAGACUUGUCCUGGAAGAGCAGGAAAUAAGUUAAUGACACUAACUGCUGGCUCCACCUUUUUUUCCACCUAUUUCUGUUUUUGUGAGGGGUUUGCUUGGCUUUGAGGUCUAUUUUUACAUGCACGCAGUUAUACAUGCAUACUGUGCAGCCCAGCUGCAGAUUGUGACGGUGAUACAGGUUUAUUUUAGGCUGCUGUGAAAUAUAAGAUCUGGUGAAUGGCAGGCAGGAGUACUGAGUCAUCUAGUCACAUGAAGGUUUAUAUCAGCUAACCUACCAACUGCAGGCACGCUACAUUGCUGUCGAGGCCAUUGUAGAACCGAUCGUGGCAGAUCCACUUAUUUAAACCUGGAUCUGCUGCAAUUACAUGGAAAGCAGUAGGUGUGAGCCCAAUUUUUAAGAGUAAAUUGAGCAUGUUUUGAGACGUGCAGAACCCUCACACUGCCUGCUGCUUUUUCCACGGCAGUCUCUCCCAACAUCCCUUUUACCAAAGCUGGGCUCUGAUACCUGGUAUGAGCUUGGCUGAGAAAUAAAUGCUUGGGAAAAGUGAAUGCAAGGCAAGUAUGCUGCCCUCCUCACAUCUGUGCCCUUAGUUCUUUAAAUUGCCCCCCCCACACACACACUUUCUACAUUAUUGGGGCAGAUCUGGAUUUAAAACCUGCAAGUCCAUACAAACAAUAUGUACUCAUCUGCCUAGAUUCUAGAAUGUUGGUGUGCCUUGUGGGGACAAGAAAGGUCAUUGUGCAUAACUGACCACCAGUCCACAGACUGUAUCUAGCUUUGGGUAAACCUGACUCUGGUCCGUGAUGUGAGAAAGCCCAACAGUUAGAGAAGCAUGUUUGGAGUUGGCUGUAACAAACAUCCGUUUUCUGUGUGGUCUUUUUUUCUGUCGCACCAUUUUUCCACUUGCGUCAAAAGGAAACAGUAGUUUGUGGGUUCUUGAGAUUUAGCUCUUCUCAAGGACAUUCACUCAAACAACAACAGCGACACAAACACAUAGGCUGCUGGUUUGAACUGUGCUUCAGGUCCAAAAGGAUUCUACUGCUUGGAUUUUAGUAUUUGUAUUGGCAUACAGAACAGGGGCAGCCUGUUGUUUGGAAGACCUUUCAGCAAGAGAUACAAAUCACUGUGAAGAGCACAGAAUCUGAGAGAAUCUGGUCAGGUGCGUUCAUAGCUUUAGACAGUUAGUUGAAGGAAUAGAUCUUGAUUUGUGUUAGUGCAUCACUGUGUCUCGAGAUGUGAUCCAGAGUCCUAGCCAGAAUCUACUGCAGCCUGGGGAGCUGGGACAGGGCUCCACAUUAUCAACUCUUCCCAAGGCUCCUGUUUUACUAGAGAGUUUCUUACUGCCUGCUGUAACACCAGCUUGCUUUGAUUUCUGAAGAGCCCUGUGUAGCUGUUGGCUUUGGUGCCAUGACAGACAGGUCUUUCUCAAUACUGUGCUUUUAGACCACCAUUAACUAAAUCUACCAGUUGAUAGCAGACUGUGAUGGGAAGUUUGCCCAGCAGAAAGAAGCAGAUUGCUACUCAGCCAAGUCCACAAACAAACGCUCGGAACAGCCAGGCCCUUGGCCUCAGCUCUGGUAUCAGGGCACCAGUAGGUGAGGGCACCCCUGUAGCUGUUGCUGUGAGUGAUUUCCCUUCUGGACAUGCGGAACCAAUACUGAGGAUGGGAGAGCAUCUGAAUUUGCUGUCUGAAGAUGGUGAAUGGUGGAAAGUGGAAUCCAUAGCAACGGGCAAAGCCUGCUCUGUUCCCAGCACUCAUGUCGCCAAAAUCUCUCACAGAUGGCUCUAUGAGGGCAUCUGCCGAUCAAAAGCUGAGGAGCUCUUGCUGCUGCCUUCCAACUGUGAAGGCUCUUUUCUGAUCAGAGAGAGCCAAAUGAAGAAAGCAGGUUGCUACUCCUUGUCUAUCAGACAAACAAAUCAUGCAUUCUGGGACUGUGUGAAACACUAUCGCAUUGACUGCCUGGAGAACAGCUGGCUUUACAUCUCCCCCCGCCUUACCUUCUCAAGCUUGCAGGAGCUGGUGGACUACUAUACCGAAACUGGAGAUGGCUUAUGCUGUUGCUUGAAGGAGCCAUGCUUUAUCCAAGGAUCUACUUUAUGGAGGAUGUCUAAUCUUUCCAAACCAGUUGUAGUAAAAAAGCCACCUCUAAACUGGCAGGAAAUCAGCAGUUCAGACUUGUUGGCAGAAAAUACGGAACCGGAAGACUCUCCCAUCAGUCUGGGCCUGCGGGAAGCUGUCACUACUUACCUGUUAAUGACCGAAGACAUGCCCUUAAAGAAUAUACCCAGCUAAAAGCAAGAUGCAAAUAUGCUUAAGGUUACUGCUGAGCAGCAUUCUGGAAUGUGAAGGUCUAACAGAAUACAGACCUUUUUUGUUGACCUCUUCCUAUCGCAUGUAGUAGAAUAUUUUAUGAUCACAAUUUAAUUUUUGUCUAUUUAUGUUUAUAUCUGCUUUUUUUCCCUCAUGGAAUUCAAGGCAUCAUACAUGGGGUUUCCAUGCAUACUACCAUCCCAUGCACUGACCAGAUCCAGAUCUGCUUAGCUUCAGCAUGGCAGUGGCCUCAUGUCUUCAGACCGUGUACCAAUUGUUUACCUGAGUUCUUUGAGCUACAUGUGGCUUAAUGGGGUUCAUUUGUACUUGCAAUGUGAAUUUGUUUACAAACAAUAUUUAUUGAUGUUUUUACUAAUGCUUUUAUUGGCCUUAUUUUGUAUGCUGUAUACUACCUUGCUGUAUUUUUAUGGAAGUGUGGUCUAAGACUAUUUGGCAUGUACAAAGCCUUUACUGGCUGUAUCUUAUAGCCGUCCAGUAUUGCAGUGAACACAAACUGAGAUAUUUACAAUAAACUUAAAAUAAAGCAUCUGCAGGGUAGCAAUAGAGUAUUUGCUAUUAAAUACUGUAUCUCAUAAUUGAAAUAUUUUCAUUAAUAGCAAGAAUCAGACUAGCUUAAAACUAGAUCUGCCUUGUUCUAAACCAGUCAUUGCAACUGUGUAGCACUGAUACUCCUCUUCUACUUUUUAGGGAUGGGGAAUGAAUGUUUAAGUACAGCCAAAUGUACAGCUGUAGAUGUGUGGAAAGGCCUGCUUGUACGCUGUGUAUCAUAGGGAAGUA